AUGGCUGAUAGAACCGACGAUUUUCAAAUACCUCAACUUUUACCACCAACUGUUAACGUUAAUCAAAAUUCUAAUAUAAAUUCUGAUAAUCGGCAUUUACGAAAAAAACAGCAUUCUAAAGCCAUGAUGUUACAACCGAAGUCGGAUAAUUUGAAUUUCAAUUGGGAUGAAAGGACUGCAUAUCAUGACAAGGCACAACCUUCAAUUAUUGAUGGGAAGGCCACAGCAGAGGAAAGUGGUUACCUCGGAACUGUGUUUAGUUCUGCUGUUAUUAAUUUGGUGGGUAAUGGAUUCUUCUUACACGAAACAAGAUUAGAAGGGCGCAAAAGGGCUAUACGACACCCUUUAGAGUAUCCAGAUCAAAAAAUAAGUAAGCAAAGGAUAGAAUAUUACAUUGAUCAAUAUUUUGAAACUUAUCAUAUUUCAUAUCCAAUUAUUCAUAAACCAACAUUCAUGGCACAAAUAAAUGAAAUUAUUCCACGACCAGAAACCGACUGGGAAAGUUUAUAUUACAUUGUUGCAGCAAUUGGCUCGUUCAUGUCAGCAAUUUCACAAGAAGAAAGUGAUGACUUGGAUCUCUUUGAUAUCGCAAAAUCCAAACUAUCAAUAGAUGUUUUGGAAACCGGUAAUAUCACUUUGGUGCAGACGUUAACCUUAAUGUCCAAUUAUUUACAAAAGAGAGAUAAACCUAAUUCAGGCUAUAAUUAUCUAGGGGUAGCAGUUAGGAUGGCACUAGGUCUUAGAAUGCAUAGACAAAUUGAGGAUUCAAAUGAAUCUACCUUGGACCAAGAAAUGAGAAGAAGAGUUUGGUGGUGUUUAUAUAUUUUUGAUUGUGGCCAAACUAUUGGGUAUGGUAGGCCAUUAGGUAUUCCGUGCUCUGGGAUUGAUGCAAGGUUACCGUUAAACAUAUUGGAUUCUAACUUAACGGCUCUUACCGUUAAGUUACCAGACGAAGAAUAUCAACCGACGGUUAUAACGAGUGUUAGAUUACAAUCAUUAUUCCAUUUGCUAAGUAAUAGCAUUUAUGAAAGAAUCAUAACGGAUCCAUUUCCAUCUGCUCAGCUUUUAUUGGAUUGGGAUCAGCUUUAUCUAGAAAGGUGGCGAAAGUUGAUACCCGAUUAUUUCAAGAAAGACGAAAUUUCUUCAAGAUUCAAACUAGCUCGCUUUGUUUUAGAAUGGAGAUACAGAAAUUUAAAGAUUAUUAUGUUUCGUACAUUUUUGUUGAAAAGGAUUAUUUUAUCCCCAAAACUGCUGGAUAAAUAUAAUGAAGAUGAAUAUGAAUCAAAGGCUGCAGAAAUGUGUUUAAAAGAGUGCAGUGAUACGAUCACCAGUAUGGCAAUGUUUUGGAAAGAAAAUACCAAGAAUAAUAGGAUGGAGGUCUGGUAUUCUUUAUAUUUCUUAAUUCCCGCUGUGUUGAUGCCAUUGGUUUGUCUUCGAAAUGACCCAACUUCAUCGUAUGCGAAACAUUGGAGGUUGAUGUCAAUUCUGCACAAAAUAUCAUUCAGAAAUUGA